GUCUAACUGGAAUACUGCGUUUAAUCCCCCGCCCCCCUCCUUCUUUCUUUCUUUUUUUUUUGGCAUAGUAAUAUUUUUUUUAAACAACAAAAUACAUGAAAGUCAAAGCCUGAGGAUGAUUGGUUGUGGCUUUUUAAAGGAUAUGACAUCAGAACAGCUUUUUAAUUCGUUUCAGAGUUUGUCCGUCUUACUUUUUUCCCCGCUGCUAAGAGAUUUUUGUUGUUUAGAGCAAGCUUAAGCCAAACAGGUACUUUGCUCUGGUCCCUCACAGAGCUGCAUCGGUCCCUCUGGACUGCAUGACUUACUUAAUACAUCACUUGUGUAACUAAGCAUUUCCAUUCUCACUGGAUUCUGGACUCUAACCGAAGGCAAAAAGGAGGAGAUACAGUUUCUGCUCAACAUGGAUGGAAGUGCGAGCGGUGAUCCUUCGCAAACAUACGUCUCCAACCCAUUGAUGAGCGAUUUUGUUUCAGACUGGUCACUUCUACAUGAUACAUCUCUACAUGGUCGUCAAGCAGCACUGAGCAAACUCAUUAGCCAGGGAUAUAAUGUGAACCAGAUUACUUCAGAUCAUGUAUCGCCUCUUCAUGAAGCCUGCCUUGGAGGCCAUCCUGGUUGUGUAAAACUUUUACUGAAACAUGGUGCUUAUGUCAAUCUUCCAAACACCGACUGGAAAACGCCAAUUUAUAACGCAUGUGUCAGCGGCAACGUGGCUUGUGUCAAUUUGCUGUUACAGCAUGGAGCAAGCCCUAAUGCAGUCUGUGACGUAGCCUCCCCGAUACACGAGGCAUCUAGGAGGGGCCACACUGACUGUGUAGAAUCUCUUUCCUCUGCUGGAGUCAGCCUACAGCAAUAUGUGAAACACCUGGGCACCCCACUUUAUGUAGCCUGUGAAAAUCAAAACGUGGACACUGCUAGAAGGCUGUUAGAGUUAGGAGCAAGUGCAAAUGUUGGCAAAGACUUGGACUCACCCUUACACAUGGCCGCAAGAACUACCAACACUCACCUGGUGAACUUACUUAUUGACUUUGGAGCUGACACUCAGUGCAGGAAUGCUGAAGGAAAGCGACCCUCAGAAUUGGUUCAACCAAACUGCCCUUUAAAUCAAGUGUUUCAGAAAAGAGAAGGGCCUCUGAGUUUGAAGCAGAUAUGUCGUCUCUGUAUAAGGAAGUGCUUUGGACAAAAACAGCAGCAUAGAGUAUCUGAGCUUCCACUUCCAGACUCUUUAAAAAUGUUUCUGUUAUACAGAUGAAUUACUUUUUUUGUUUUAUACUUAAUAAAUUAGACAAACAUG